UUCAGUAACUUUUCACUUCCUUGGAAGAGGCAGUUUUGACAUGAAUAAUUUUGCAUUACUGACUAAGCAAGUUUGGGAAAAACCUGUGUCAGGUGAUCAGCUAAAAUACUGCUUACUUCAGAAGAGUUCCAGAGAACAAACAGUGCAGUGCCUCAUUUUUAAAGAAGAAGCCAAAACUUGCAGAAUUUUACAGAGAACAAUGGCUGAGUCACUGGAACACGAACCUGUAUAUUUCUUUGACCAGCCAAACCCCAAAAGAAAAUGGGAUAAGAAAAAGAAACCAGGAGAACAGCUAGGUGAUUUAAUAUCGGGCAACACAAAUCCUCUUGAAAGUAGGAGCUCUUACAGGAAUCCUGGAUGUAUAGGAGAGCGAAUGGAAGGAAGUGAUACUUUAGUGAAAAGCAACAUAACAAAGCAAAUUUCAGUUUUUCCUCCAAGUUCUGACCCUUUGAUUUUCCGAACAAUCUGCGAGGACCCUUCUGAUCAGCCUUCCCACAUACUUUCACACUCACUUAUAAAAGAAACUCUACAGUCAGCCUCAUUGGAUAAAUAUAAAUGUAUAGCUGUUACCAUAUUACAGGAGCUGGAAGAUAUGAUGAGAUGUUUUUCUAAGUACAAGAUUAUUUUACCGCAGGGGAUUUUAAAUAUUUUGAACUGGAAAGAGCUUGCUGAAGAUGCAUGGUAUAAUAAAAAAUAUUGCCAGGGGCCAAGAUACAAAACUAUAAAACCGGGAAGAACGCAGGCAUCAGAGGAGUCCAGUAGAUUGUUGUCCACCUCUGAAUAUACGGAUGAUGAUAUGGCAACAGAUAUCAAAAGGAGAAACAAAAUACUUGCUGGUUUUCCUACUGAUGUUGUAAAAGGAUCAGAGAAUCCUGUGCCUCUGUUGAACAAACCUGUAGUUUCACAACAAGAUGCCAGUGAUUCAUCUGCUACAAUCAGUUUUUCUCUGUCCUCAAAAGUGUGCAUGGAAAGAGGUUGGGUUUCCCAGCAUUCUGAUUGUGAUACCAAAGACCUAGAAUGGAAAUUACCAUAUAUCUGGGCAGUGGAGAGACUACAACUGGCCAAGAUCCAAAUGUACUUAAAUGGAAUGUACUGCUAUGGCUUGUUUCUUGUUGUUGUGAUUAAGUUAACCCUACAUUUGUCUGUUGUGUUUAAAAAAUAAGAUAGUCACAGGUAAUCAGAGAUAUUGCAAGGUGAGUUCAGUUGCCAGUUUGGAGACAUACAGUGCAAUCCUAUCUGUGUAAGUCAGAAUCAAGCCCCACUGAUUUAAAUGGAGCCAUCUCCUAGGUAAGUAUCUAUAGGAGUGCAACAUCAUAUUCCACCUGCCUCAUGCAAAUAUGCAGGCCUGCUGAUAAUUUCUCAACUGAAUAAGGAUGGUGCGAAGGCACCAAACUGAACCAGCUGUAUAGACUGAAGCUUCUCUGAACAGUGUCGGCUAAGAUCCAAAUGUAUUUAAAUGGAAUAUACUGCUAUGGCUUGUUUCUUGUUGUUGUGAUUAAGUUAACCCUAAAUAUAUCUACUGUGUUUUUUUUUAAAAAAAAGAUAGUCACAGGUAAUCAGAGAAAUUGUGAAGUCAGCUUUCAUGGCCGGCAUGCA